GCUUUGCGGGUAGCGGGGGUAUGUUGGGAGCCGAAGCCCAGUUCCCUAAAACCUCAAAGUGUUGCAACACGGCCUUGAGCCUAGUUUCCGGGUGACUGGGCUGAAAUUCUGUGACCCGGGUUCUGGGCGCCUUGCUCACCUACCCCUCCCGACUUCCCCGCCUGGGGAUAGGAGCCGAGGGCCCAACUAAGCAUGGCCUCAGCAGGGAGCACCAGGUCUUGCAAAGCAGCUAGAGGGGGAGGGCAGUUUCGGGCAGUGGCCUCGGGUAUCUGCAGCUGGCUGGCGGCUGUUUGGUUGGGCUAGCUAGCAGCCUGGGAUGAUGAGCUGGUGGGCUCCCGGCCCAGGGGUUCCUGCCAUGUGGAGAUGGAGGGGAGGGAGGAGAACAGGGCAGGGCCCUUGAAGACGUAAUUAAGGCCAAGUUCCUCUAGGCUGGGCUAAGCCUGAUAGGACUUGGGAGGGGUCAGGUUAAGAACAGUGUGUCCCUGUGUUUCACUGGCAAAGGUAGGUGUCCAGAGGAACACAGCUCCUCUGCAGCAUAUCAGAGCCCAGGUGGCAGCACUGGGUGAAAUGCCUUCACAUCUGCUAUUUGGCUUCCUGAUCCAACUGAGCUUGGAGGGCUAGGCCCCUCCAAAGCAAUUAAGUCUCAGAGCAGCCUGAAGUACCUGAGCUCCAAGUUUCAUGCUCCUCUUAGAGCCAAGACCUGAAGCUCCCCUAAACCAAAAGUCCCUGCCUGGACCAGCUGGGAUGACGCCCUCUUGCUUUAUGGUGCUUAGCAACAACUUGGUUAGGCCCAGAAGUCUUUUAAGUGCUGUGAAGGCUAGUCAGCUGAGAUCAUGCUGGGCUGCAGAGCAGCAGCCUUUUAAAACACAGGGAAUUGUAACCCCCAGGUCCCUAAAAAGCUUGUGCCUGGGGUCCCAGACAGCUCUGUACCCAAAUUCCUGCCUCUUACCUAGCCCCUACCCCUUGACAGGCACCAGGAUCAUCUACGACCGAAAGUUCCUGCUGGAGUGCAAGAACUCACCCAUUGCCCGGACGCCCCCCUGCUGCCUCCCUCAGAUUCCCGGGGUCACAACUCCUCCAACAGCCCCACCGUCCAAGCUGGAGGAGCUGAAGGAGCAGGAAACAGAGGAAGAGAUACCUGAUGACGCACAAUUUGAAAUGGACAUCUAAUCCAGUGCAGAUGACCGUGUGUGUGGAGUUAGAGGAAUUCCGCUGCUGCCACCACCUCUUUCUGGGGUAUCCAAAGGCCAGCUGGCCUCAUCUAAUCUGGAAGGGAGUGACUUGUUGGUUCUGGGCCUCUUUUAGUUCUGAGGCAGCUAGACCAGGGAUAGGAGUGGGCAACCUGUCAAGCCCUUAACUCUACUUUCUCUUUGGUCUGUAGGCACUCCUCCCAACCCCCAGCCCUCCAUGCUCAGGGGCUGAGGCUGGGAUUGGGGGAUGGAGUAUGUCACUUUCUGACUGCUUAGUAAACAUUCAGAAAAAUGCCUUGGCUCCAGUGUUCUCCUCAAUGCUGAUCUUCCCAUCUCAGCCACAGAGCUGAGGGCCCCAACAGACCUGGUUGGAUCAGAGGUCCCAGGUCCCCUCCUAGCUCCCACUGGGCCUACUUUCAGCAAACUAUAAACAGCAAUAGCCUGACCUCUGCCAAGGGCUGUUCCAGCCCUUCCAGGAAGCAGCCA